AUGGGCCAGUCUCAGUCCAAAGGCGGAGACCGCUCCGGCGACCCCCUACAAUCAUAUCCGUCGUUUUCACGCACCGAUACCAAAGAAUCCAUCCGAUCCCUAAAAGGUUCGAUCAGGUCCAAGAUUCCGGGGUCCCGGGGGAGCGACAAGAACAAUGACAGUCCGAGGAGUUCUAUGGCAGGUUUGGCCGAUGAUAAAUCUGAUGCAGCUUCCGUGAGGUCGACCAGCAGUUUGAAGCAACAACCAGUUGCCCAACAGUCUACUGUCUCGAACGACCCUAUCCCUUCUCGCACCGGAACUCCCGAACCCCCUCCAUCUCCCUCGCAAUCUACCUCUUUGAAUCGUGGCCACAAGGAUGUGGAUGCCGCCCAGCAAAGUGGCGAAGUUGAUCUGGUAUCGGAUGCACCACCAUCUGUCCCGCCUGUGACACCGCAGGCUCCUGGAGAGUCGAUCUUAGUGAGACCUGAUAAUCAGAUCAACCCCGUUCUUCUAGAUAUUCUCGCCUCUGCAGCUUCUGAUACGAGCAGCACCUCACCUGGUAUGGGAAUGGGCGCUCUCAAGACAAUUGAUCUGGACGACAUGAUUUCCCGCCUUUUAGAUGCUGGCUACUCGACUAAGAUUACAAAAGCUGUUUGUUUGAAGAAUGCCGAAAUUAUUGCGAUUUGUUCCGCAGCACGCGAGUUACUCCUGUCUCAACCGGCUUUGCUGGAAUUGUCGGCGCCGGUGAAGAUUGUCGGCGAUGUUCAUGGUCAAUAUACCGAUCUCAUCCGACUUUUUGAGAUGUGCGGGUUUCCUCCGGCAGCAAACUAUCUCUUUCUAGGCGAUUACGUUGAUCGAGGGAAACAGAGUCUUGAAACGAUUCUUCUGUUACUAUGCUAUAAGCUGAAGUACCCCGAGAAUUUCUUCCUUCUCCGUGGCAACCAUGAAUGUGCGAACGUGACUCGUGUAUACGGAUUUUACGAUGAAUGUAAACGCCGAUGUAAUAUCAAGAUCUGGAAGACGUUUGUUGACACAUUCAACUGUUUACCCAUUGCUUCAAUUGUUGCAGGAAAGAUAUUCUGUGUUCAUGGCGGUCUCUCACCCAGUCUUUCUCACAUGGACGAUAUUCGAGGCAUUGCACGACCGACUGACGUGCCAGACUAUGGUCUCUUGAACGAUUUGUUAUGGAGUGAUCCAGCAGAUAUGGAGGAAGACUGGGAACCCAACGAGCGGGGAGUGAGUUAUUGUUUCGGUAAAAAGGUCAUUAUGGACUUUUUGCAACGACACGAUUUCGAUCUUGUCUGCCGAGCGCAUAUGGUUGUGGAGGACGGGUAUGAGUUCUUUCAAGAUCGGAUUUUGGUUACUGUUUUUUCUGCUCCGAAUUAUUGCGGCGAAUUUGAUAACUGGGGUGCCAUCAUGUCAGUAUCUGCGGAAUUGCUUUGCAGUUUCGAACUACUCAAGCCGCUGGACUCGAGUGCAUUGAAGAAUCACAUCAAGAAGGGACGGAACAAACGCAACAGCAUGCUCAACAGUCCUCCUGCUGUCGUUUCUGCACAGAGCUAUUAAUUCGACACGUCAACAGAUUAUCGACAAUGGCACGGUAUUUAGCAUUUCAGAUGAUAUGUCAUCGGCGUGACAUCUGCAUACGUCGGUUUAUCGUUUUCUUAACGAUCACCAAAGAUCACGGAGAUGUGGUCGUCUGGUCAACUCAGACACGGGCAUCAGUACUAGCUCCGGAGCAUGUCAGCGGCGUCCAUGAAGACCAAGAGACUUUACUUAUUGAAUAAAUGGUCUAGCCGUACCUCUCGUAUAUUCGGAGAGAUCUUGAAAGAGACCCUCUUCGCCCAAAUAACGAGUCAACACGCGACGAGAGCACGAACUGAGUACAAUGCCCUACCGAAAGCAGACGACAUACAACAGCAGCAAAUCAUUAUCACUUUCCAUGUAUGGGUAUGAUGAGUGAGGUUAUUAUUUACAAGCUCGACGAGCCUACGAUUGAGAUUAUCGCAUAACAACGUAAUAGCAUAGUGCGAGUGGAUUGAAACUGUGUGUUUGGGUAUGUAACGGAUACUGUGAAUGGUUCUAUCAUGUUUGUUUUUCUUUUCAUGGAUGUGAGAAUUGGAUAGGGCAGGAGUUGGUAUAGGAUAGAAUGAUGAACAUUACUCGCGU